CGCAACUCACUGCCGUGUAGUAUUACUUUUCGUUAUUACCGUGGCAGCCGUGUUUGUGUGUUCUCCCAGUUUCCCGCGCCUAUAGAAGCAGCCAGCAAACCUCACUCCUCAAGACCUCAACAAAGCAAGCAAUCGAACGGGCACGGCUGGUUUCCGACGAGUUCUGUCGUGCCAUGGAUCCGCGACGCGCAUGCUGGGAGAGCUCGACGGAGGACGUGACGAGGCCGCUGCUGCCCGUGCACGACGACAGGCCUGCGGGACGCUGCUCUUGCUCCGGGCUCGGGUCCCUGCUCACCACCAACAAGUACCUGGCCGUCGCGUCGGGCCCGCUGGCGUGCGCGGUGAUCUGCGCGCUGGGAGACUUCGGCGGCCACCCGGCGGCGCGCAACAUGCUCGGGGUGCUGGCGUGGGUGUUCCUGUGGUGGAUCACGGACGCCGUGCCGCUCGGCGUCGCGUCCAUGGCGCCGCUGUUCCUCUUCCCCGCGUUCGGCGUAUCCUCCGCCGACGCCGUCGCCAAGGCCUACAUGGACGACGUCAUCUCCCUCGUCCUCGGGAGCUUCAUCCUCGCGCUCGCCAUCGAGCACUACGGCAUCCACCGCCGCCUUGCCCUCAACAUCACGUCCCUGUUCUGCGGUGACCCGGUGAAGCCGCACCUGCUGCUCCUCGGCAUCUGCGGCACGACCGUGUUCAUCAGCAUGUGGAUCCACAACACGCCGUGCACCGUCAUGAUGAUCCAGGUGGCGACGGGGAUCCUGCAGCGGUUCCCGCGCGACCAGCAGCUGGAGGGCGGGGCCGACGCCCGGGAGCUCCAGCGGUUCUCCAAGGCGCUGGUGCUCGGCAUCAUGUACGCGUCCACCAUCGGCGGGAUGGCCACGCUGACGGGCACGGGCGCCAACAUCAUCCUGGUGGGGAUGUGGUCCACCUACUUCCCGGAGCAGCGCCCCAUCACCUUCAGCUCCUGGAUGUGCUUCGGCCUCCCCAUGACGCUCGUCCUGUUCGCGGCGCUCUGGGUCACGCUCUGCCUCAGGUACUGCACCAAGAACACGGGGAGGGUGCUCUCCGCUUACCUCGACAGGAAUGACCUCAGAAGAGAGCUCAGCUUGAUGGGUCCAAUGGCGUUUGCAGAGAAGAUGGUUUUGGCCGUUUUCGGGGCUCUCAUCGUCCUAUGGAUGACCAGGAGCCUGACGGACGACAUCCCUGGGUGGGCGGUCCUCUUCGACGGCAGAGUCGGGGACGGAACCGUCACUAUCAUGAUGACGACGCUGCUGUUCAUCAUCCCGAGCGGCAAGAGCGGCGGCGAGAAGCUCAUGGACUGGGGCAAGUGCCGGAAGCUGCAGUGGCACAUCAUCCUGCUCCUGGGCGCGGGCUUCGCCAUCGCCGACGGGUUCAGGUCGAGCGGCCUCACGGACAUCCUCUCCUCGGGGCUGGGUUUCCUGAAGGGCGCGCCGGCGCUGGCCAUCGCGCCCGUGGCCUGCGUCUUCAGCGGCCUCAUCACGGAGUUCACCUCCGACGACGCCACCACCACGCUGGUGCUGCCGCUGCUCGCCGAGCUGGGCAAGUCCAUCGGCGUGCACCCGCUGCUUCUCAUGGUCCCCGGCACCGUCGGCGCGCAGCUGUCGUUCCUGCUGCCCACCGCGACGCCGGGGAACGUCGUCGGGUUCGGCACCGGGUACAUCACCAUCAGGGACAUGGUGGUCACUGGCAUGCCAAUCAAACUCGUCGGCGUUGCAGCUCUCACGAUACUACUGCCAACUCUAGGUUCUCUGGUUUUUGGCAUGGAUUCGAAAAUGUAGGAACUUGGACGUUAGUCUAGUAGCAGUUGUAGAACGUUCAGGCUGUACAGUUUGUCAAAUUCGUUGCCUCAGGAAGAAAAUGAGGUUGUAUUGUGUUGAUCGUAUUCCUUGCUUCAGGUCCGAGUUAGAAGAGAGAUUUGUACGCAAAUGAUUUCAUAUGUAAACAUGAGAUUUAUAGCUUAUCUCCCUGACCUGCAUUGCCGU